AUUGCACAUAAAUUAUCUAAUCUAGGGUUUCAUUAGGAUUCUUUCUGUCUUCCACAUUCACUGUUUAAGUGGAGCGCAUCGGUAAUCAAUCAUCAGCAAAUAAUCAUGACUGGGAAGGCUAAGCCAAAGAAGCACACAGCAAAGGAAUUAGCGGCCAAGUUGGACGCUGCAACCACCAACCGCGGCGGAGGUAAGGCGGGGCUAGCUGACCGCUCCGGUCAGGAGAAGGGCGGUCAUGCCAAGCUGGAGUGCCCGCUCUGUAAGGUUACCGCACCCGACAUCAAAUCUAUGCAGAUUCACCAUGACGCCCGCCACCCCAAGAUUCCGUUCGAUGAGUCUAAGCUCAACAACCUCCACUCUGUCACCGUCGCCGAAACUUCCAAGCCCAAGCCCGGCGUUCGCGGCAGCAUGAAGAAGUGAAUUUGCUCCUCCUGCUAUUACUCUCUAUCUAAUAUCAUAGUAGUACUGUUGAUCUUUUACAGUCUUGUUAUGAAUACUGUGAUUUUCAAUAAUAAUUAUAUUGUGAACGACCUGCUACUACGGCUCUGUGUUGUCCUAAUAGUUCAUUCUGGCGUUUGUUAUUAUAAAUUUGAUGUCAAUUUAUUUUAUGUUGAUUAAAUUAUUACCAUU